AUGAGGAACUUGUCUAGCUGAAAAGACUCAAGGUCUGUAAAAAAACAAAUCCUACCAAAUUAACGGCAAAAGGUACAGCACACGCUCCUGCUGGUAAGCUGAGAUGGGCCUCAGGACCACUGCUGCGCCUCCUUGCUGGGCAAACAACUGAGACGGACACUUUCAACUGUCAGCCAUCCUAGGAAUGCAGAGGGUCAUGUAACACUACAGCUCUCAGGGAUAGUGGCUUACUGCAGACCUGAAAUAAGCUAGACAGAGCGGAAGCAAGCUGCAAGCAUCCAGCAUCCAUCUGAAAUCUCAGGAAAAGGUGGAGAAGAUCCAUCAUUCCCAAGGUGAUGCUGGUAACAGCAGCAGAAAGAAGACGAGCAAAGAAAGAGGAAGAGGGAGAAGACGCAGCCAUGAUGGGCACACCUCUCCGGAGGAAAGCCCCGGCAUAUGAGAUGGCUGAAGCUGAACUUCAUAAGGAAAGGCUCCAAGCCCUGGCGGAAAAACGGAAAAGACAAGCCGAGAUAGAGGACAAAAGAAGACAACUCGAUGAACUUGUUCUACAACUUCAACAUUUCAAGUCUAAAGCCAUGAGGGAGAGAUGGCUUCUGCAAGGGACACCAGCAGUGCCACAAGAGGAAGAUGAAGGUCGUAGGAAACAGGUUGAGCAAGAUGAACUUCACGUCAAAACACUAGAAGAUGCCAUUCACAGAUUGGAAUCAGAAAUCUGUCUUUUGGAGAAUGAAGAAUUACAGAUCUCAGCUAAAGAACAGGUUCUCAGAGAGCGGCUGCGGGAAACAGAGAGAUCUAUUGAAGAUCUACAGAAGAGUCUUCAGAAUCAAGAUGGAGAUGCGGUAAAUUACAACUGCUCCCAGAUCCCGGACCUCCCAGAACUGAACUCCCAAACUCCCGUCUCAGCUUCAGCGGAUCAACAACCGCCAAGAAAAUCUGCAUUAUACGCCAUGGAGAUCAAUGUCGAAAAGGACCGGAAAACGGGUGCCACCAAGAUCCUCUCGGCCUCAGCAGUCAGCCCACAGGAAGCUCACCAGAGGGGCGUCAAAGUCUACGACGACGGCCGCAAAGUGAUCUAUGAGGUGCGUUCUGGGGGAUCUACUACACUGGAGAAUGGCACGCACCCCUGGAGUCCCGGCCAGGUGGACGAACUGAUGCAGCAAGUUGGCCAGACCCAACAACGAGGUGACGGCGGCCGAGUCACUGUCACACCAGCUGAGCCACAGCCAAUGGGAGGACAGUUGAACACCAAAGAGGCCAAGCAAGACAAAAAACAAACCCCUAGCAAAGGCUACGAAGGUGAGGUCACGGAGACUCCAAAGGCCUCAGCCGACAAACCAGUGACCAUGAUCUUCAUGGGCUACCACAGCAUAGAGGACGAGGAGGAAUCCAAGAAGCUGCUUGGCUUUGAUGGCACUAUCAAGGCCGAGAUUGUCCUUAUUGACGAGGACGAUGAGAAAUCUCUUCGGGAGAAGACCGUCACUGAUAUCUCCACCAUCGACGGCAACGCCGCUGACCUCGUGUCGGGCCGGCCUCUGUCCGAUACCACUGAACUGUCUUCAGAAGGCAAAGAUGAAAGCUCGACCAAGGAACUGCCAACCACAGGCAGUGAAAAGGCGCGAUCAGUGCUGCUGACAGCAGAGAAUGGACUGUAUCCUGCAGCAACUGCACGAACUUCAGACCCUCUGAAGUCCCCUGUACUCUCAGAGGAUGACAGUGAGCUGAAAAGAGAGAGAAGCCUGAAGACUGUAAGUUUUUUCGAUUCAGUGAGUGUAAUAUCCACUGGUGAGAGCAGUAUGGAUGAAGUUCAGACUGAGACCCAGCAAAGUUAUGUGAGCAGUGGGCAGAACAGAGUGAGACAUGGGGGAGAAGGACUGGACAGUGAAGUUGCCAAGGAAAUCCUGUACCUGGAUCAGGUCCUUGAGGACAACUGUUGUGACCCCAGGGCAGAAAUGACUUCAAAUGGGACAAGUUCCCCAGAGAUGAACUCAAUUAGUGUUCAUGGAACUGGACCAUCUGUGCAUAUUUGUGACACAUCGCCCUUACACAACCAUGAAGUUGUUUUAGAAGGGAAAAAACAGACCACUUUUGUUGAUGAUAACUUUAACACUAAACCAAAUGGUCAUGCAGCAAUGAUAGGAAAUGACUGUACAAGGUCACCCGAGUCACCUAGAACAGCAAUCAAGAAAGAGGCACGUUUUGAGCUCCGACCAUUCCACGAAGAGAAGAAGCCAUCAAAACUAUUUGACACCCCAACUGAGAAAGAAGUUCGGGUGAAGAAAGUCAGACCCUCUGAGGAAAUUGCAGAGCUAGAGAGAGAAAGGCUGGAACUCAUCCGGGGUCAGGCAGUCAAGAAAAAUCCUGGAAUUGCAGCAAAAUGGUGGAACCCGCCUCAGGAAAAGGCACUGGAAGAGGAGCUGGAGCCAGAGCAGCUGGAGUCUCUUCGAAGAUAUGAGGAGAGGAAGCAGAGGAGACCAGAAACCAACCGUAUGCCGCAAGCUGCACCCAGACAGACAAUCUCUUUUAUCCAACCUGAAAUAGGAAACAAGGAGGAUGUCGUCAUGGAAGAGAUUGACUUUUCUGCAGCACGCAAGCAAUUUCUGCAGAUGGAACAUAGCAAGCAGCCCACAGCCCCUAAGAGGAAUGUGGCACCUCAGCUUUACUCUGCCAAACCUUUCUUCAGGACUCCAGAGGUCACGCAUGUAGAGAGACCAUGCGGUUCUGUCACAGUUGCCAAUCAAGAAGGGGUCACAUUCUAUGAUGGAAGUGAAGUUACUACAGUCAAAGCUGAAAAGAUUUACUGCUGGUCUGGAGAAUCUGACAUGCCACCCAAAGAUAGUUUGGCUCAGAACGAGUUGAAAGAUGAUGAUUUUACUUGUGCCCGGGCAGUGAUGACCAUUGUGAAGGAAGAAGAUUCUGAUUUGUGUCAACGUUCUUUGAACAGCUCCUAUCAUAUGGAAGAAAUUGACUCCGGGUUAGAUGACCUAUCCCUACGGUCUCAGGACACCACUGUUCUUGAGACGCUCUCCAAUGACUUCAGUAUGGACAACAUAAGUGACAGUGGUGCAUCAAAUGAGACCAUGAGUGCCUAUUUGGAAAACUCUCUUGGGGAGUACUCUUUUCCCUCCACUCCAAUGGCCACUACACCAAUCAAUGGGAAACAUGAAAGUGGUAUCAAAUCUCCAAGCGAACAGAGUGGGUCUUAUCAUGGAGAAGGCAUGACGGAAGAAGAGCUGGAAUACCAUGCUGGUAUUCUUGUCCAAAAUGCUAUCCAGCAAGCCAUUGCUCAGCAGAAUGACAAUUGGGAGCCUCUUCAGGCCACACAACAUUCAUCUCCUAUCACUGAGAGAUAUGUGGAAAGUAUUCAACCCCAACCCCUAGUGGAGAGAUCUACUGUCACACCACCUCCCAAAGUGCCAUCCCCUCUGGAGGAGAAGAAAACAGUUGCUCCUCAAAUAACUGUAGUUCAAGCCGCCCCAGUUAUCCCAGUGAACACCUACAGACCCCCCAGUCCCUCUCCACCACCAAGUGAGAAACCAGAAUUCAGCUAUUUCAGUAAGUACUCCGAGGCAGCAGAGCUCAGGAGCACAGCAGCUGUCACUCGUGCUCAGGAAACGGAAGUCACCUCAGGGCCAUUCAAACUGCGCUCACGCAAACAAAGAACCCUGUCCAUGAUCGAAGAGGAGAUUCGGGCAGCCCAGGAGCGUGAGGAAGAGUUGAAGAGACAACGGCAAGCGCAAACAUUGCACCCGCCCCGUACACAAAAGCUGAAGGCCAGCAACCAGCCAAACAAGCUGGUCCUUACUGGGAAGACAGCACCAGGUAAAAUUGAGAAGGUUCGUCAAGUUGCUCCAGCAUCACCGUGCUCUUCAGAUGGAGCUCUGCCCUCGCCACUGUCUGAUCUGGGCAGCGAUGACUCUGGAGGAGGACAGCGACCCAAGAACUUUAUGCAGACUUUGAUGGAGGACUACGAGACACACAAAGUCAAGCGCAGAGAGAAAGCUGAGGACAGCAGUGUUCUGGAGGCAACGCGUGUCACUCGCAGAAAAAGUAACAUGGCCCUCCGGUGGGAAGCAGGCAUCUACGCCAACCAGGAAGAGGCUGAGGAAGAGGAGGAGGAGGAGGAAGAGGAGGAGGAGGAGGAAGAGUAAACUUUCUUUCUAUAAUGAAAAGAAUGAGAAAGAGAGAAAACCAGAGGGAAAAUGUGCAACGGGACAAACACAAGUAUUUAUUGGGAAUUCACACCUCUCGGAAGAUUUGUUCUGUCCAUUUCUGAAGAACAUAUGGGACAUACCUUCUCUCGACAUUGAAGACCAGAGAUACUACAACACUUUACAUUUACACUACCAAGAUAUUGAUUUUUCUUUUGUGCUGAUAUGUUUUAAGAAAAUGGAAUGUGCAAAGACAAGUAUCACUUUUCUUUUUUUCCUUUUUCUUUCUUUGAGACUUUGGGAUUUUUGGCAUUAAUGUUGCAACUUAGCAAAUAAGAUUAGUGUGAAGACCACAUUGCAUUUAUACUUCACGAACAUAAAGAUGUUACCGUGCAGCUGAGGACGUGGAAAAAGAAUGAAAAAAAGAGAGAUAAUAUUUCAUUAUUAGCUGAAGGAGAUUGGAUAAAUCAGAUUUCAUGCAAGAUUAUUGACAUUUUGACUUUACACAAUGUGUCUUGCAGUGUCCGAAAGGGCAAAUUACUGCAAUUUGGUUUCCUGAUACUUACAUUUUCACAUGAUCUCAGUUGCAGCCUGUAGAGAUAGGAAGACUCAAAUCAUUCUCCUAAUUUUGCCAUAUUGUUCAGAAAGAAACUUUAAUGAGGAGGACAAAUGAAAGUAGGGCACAAACAUAUAACCUUGAAAGACUGCGUGAGGCUACAACAAUAAAUCAAAGCAGAAGAGGAAAAAGCGGUAAUAACUUGCAGAGGUGGUCAUGGCUUUUUAUAGGUGCAUUCUCUAUUGACAAAAGACAGGAAAUGCGUGUGAAAUUUUAGGAUGUUAUUGCUGUUUUGCAGUUGAAGGCACCUGUAUUUAGCUUGAAGUUAUAGCAUCAGAUGUAGUGUAGUGCAGAACAUUCAAUGGUGGCUAGAUUUUUUGGGAAUGUUUAUGCUGUGUUAUGUGUAGGGAAGAACAGCAAAAGCAGUGACUUUAAAGUGCCCCUAUUAUGCUAUUUUAAAGAUUCCUAAUUUUGUUUUUUUCAGGUCUCCUACAAUAAAUUUACAUGCAUCCAAGGUCAAAAUUUUCUUAUAAUAUACAUUGCAGCAUCAGCUCUUUUCUCUCAAUGUCUGAAAAGGAUUCGGUCUCUCUUAACCCCUCAUUUCUGAGAGCUUACUCUGCUCUGAUUGGUCAGAUGGCCCCAUCUGUUGUGAUUGGUCUACCGCAUGCCAGAAACCAAAUGUCUAUGAGCAUAUCUGAAUUUCAGCUCUGGAUCUUCCUCAGCACUUAAUACACAGUGAUACAAACAGUAACGAUGGCGUUGGUUUUACCGUAUUAAUUCAAGCAUCCUUUGGAAGUGCAUCAAAAUGGAUUUUCUUUCGCAGCGCAGAAAACAGCAUCUUUUCGACAUGUCGACAACACAAACCAAACUCUUCCAGUCUCAGCUACAACAACAGUGUUUGAGAGUCAAAGUAGACAUUUUUUUUGUGGGCAGCCAAUGAAGGCCAUAUGCUGGCAUUAUGCAAAUUUGUUACAAAGCAGGAAGUAAGAAUGGAAUUACUGACGACUCAUUUCAGGCAGUUUAGAAUCGGUUAUUUCUUUAAGGAGACAAUAACUCCAUUUAUCUGCACUUUGACCUUUGAAACUUUGCAGACCUUUUACAUUCACAAACAGCUAUAGUAUAUUUCACACUACAUGAAAGGUAAUAUCUGAAAAAGCAUAAUAAGGGCACUUUAAUACAAAAAAAUGAAGGAAAGAACAUGAUAUGUUGAUAAAGAUAGCUUAAAUACGCAAGAAUUCACUGAAUUGCUUAGUUGAUGUUUAAAUUAAUUAUAAUUUAAAACUUUUCUCUUUUUGGCACUUUUAAAGCAAUUACCAGCAGAAAUUGUAAACAAGAUACCAUUAUUUAACACAGUUAAAAAAAAAGAUUGAUACAAAUGUACACAUUAAUGUCUGAAAUGUUGGAAUGAUUUAAUUUUUGGUUUAUUAUUUUAUUCCUAUUCUUUUUUUAAAUAUUUGGCAAUAUAAAGGAUUUUAGUUGCAAGAACAAGCAUCUAUACAGGACACUGAUAUCAGUGAUGACCACACAGCGUAAAGGAAACAAAGAGGACAAAAACAUGGACAAAUAUUCUUCUAUAUUUAAUCUUUGACUUCUAUUUUUUGCCUUUGGCCUGAUGCAUUUGUCAAGCCACAAAUGAAGACAAUCCCACAAGCAUCAUUCAACAAUGUGGCUUUGAUGUUUUUGUAUACUCCACAUAUAAUAUAUAUAUUACAAAGAAAAAAGUAUUUAAUGGACUGCUGUCCUUUAAUGAGUACAUGAAGUAUUUGUAGUCUCCGAUUUAGAGUGGCAUAUAUUGCAUAGUUUCUCAAAUUGCAGGCAAAAAAAGACAAACUAGAAACUCUAUAACAGUUAUGCAUUAUUAAAAUGUGUGGGUGUCAUAAAGUUACACCUAUUCAGAACAAUACAUGUUUCUGUAGAAGGUGCAUCAACUUUAUUUAAUGGAUGAAAACCGAUGUUUGUUGAUCUCUGGAUACUGACUUUCUGAAGUGUCCAUUUGUUUGAUGCUUGAUGUGAGAUUGUGUAACGACCAUCAGUUUUUGGCAGGAUGUUGGAUUUUUACUUGGAUUCUUUGAUAUGAGAUGAUUAUUGUUGGUGAGCAAAUAAUUUGAGUUUUAUAAGGGGAAAAUAUUUUUAUUUGAGCAGUGAGAUAUAUACAGUGUUCCUAUAAAUGGAAAAUAGUUUUGGAAAAAUUACUGGUGUUUAGUACUAUUACUGCACAUUUAUUCAUAUAUACUGUGUUGUGUGUAUUUGAGGGCCAAGUAUGCCAUAUUAUAUACAUUUUCAGAGGUUUUCAUUAGUUUGUUUAGGUGCUGUAGGUGACAUUUCUAGCACAGAGUAGUUAAAGUAUUGACUGUGAUGCUGACAGGUUUUGCAUCAUGAAAUGUGCAGCAUUCAAAUUUAAUGUAAAGCCAGCUUUAGUUCACUAAAGAUGGCAUGCUUUUGUAUUAUGAUGUAUGAGAAAUUGACAAAAAUGGUUGUUUUACCUCAUAAGAAACAAGCCAAUGUUCAAAUCUGUAAUAUAAUAGGACUCCUACGGCAUAGGAUGGUGGCCAAAAUUGCUUUUAAUGUAGAAUACCAGAAAAGAAGGAACCAUUAAAAAUUUUGCAGUGUUGCUGUUGUUGAUGUGUAAAGGCGUUGUAGAAAAAGCAUCAGCCUUUGAGGACAUCUGGGGAACGCAUUGCGAUCACACUAGAGAAAUUUUGACAACAAAUUGUCAAUUGUUUAUUGUCAAUAGUGUAGUGAUGUAUGAAACACAGAAGUCACUUUUUUUCAGCUACGGAAUAGUUAAAAAAGUCACAAGUUGCGCGUUUAUAUCUCAACUUUUUAUUUCUCAGAAUUGUGAGAUACAAUCACUAUUGCGAGAAAAUGUCGGAAUUGUGAGCUUUUUUCUCAGAAUUGUGAUCUCAGUUCUGACUUAUUUUCAUAGUUCUGAGUUUAUAUCACAAUUCUGAGAAAAAUGUCAGAAUUACAAGAUGUAAACAAUUGCGAGGGAAAAAACUUGCGACUUUAGCUCUCAGAAUUGUGACUUUAUAUCUCACAGUUCAGUUUUUUCUCAGAAUUGUGAGGUAUAAACUCGCAAUUGUGAUUUAUGAAGUCCGAAUUACGAGCCUACAAACUCGCAAUUCUAAAAAAAUGUCUGAAUUGUGAGAUAUAAACUUCUAAUUGGGAGAAAAAAGUUAUUACUGCAAUUAUCUUUUUUUUUUUUUUUUUUUUCUGUGGUGAAACAAGCUAGUAUGGGACGAAAAAUUUCCACACGCAGAUUUUUUUCACUUUUAAAUUAUGCAAAUUCACCAUAUUGACCAACAGAAAGUGACUUCUGUGUGAGCAGUGCUUUGUGCAUUGCCACUCUAUUGACAAUAGACAAGGGACUGUUUAGCCCGUGAAAUUGUUGCUAAUGUGACCGCGAAAGUUUUCAACUACAAAUAUAGGCCUACUUUAGACUUCUAGUCAAGCGUUUGCCAGUGUCGCUGCUGUGUGCAUGACAAAUACUGCGUUUGUUAAAAUAGAUUUUCAGUUUCAUUGUCAGUUUCACAAAAUAACUUUCUUUUCAAGAAAAAAACUUGCCUUCAGUGAAAUCACAAAAUGUAUUGCUUUUUUUCCACAGUUUGAACCAAGUAAACAGUGUUUUUUAAUUUUACUUUUGAAGUAACACCAAAAAUAUGUUUGCUCUUAUUGUUUAAAUAGUUAGUUAUUAUUACAAAUCCAUUUGCAAAUGCUUCCUUAAAAGGUUUAAAGAGUGGGAGAAACCAAGGGAAUACUGAUAUGGUGUGAUAAUGCAAUCAUGCUUUCAAAAGCCCUCUUUUGACAUGUUAACCACUUAUUGUAUGUUAAUAUUCUGCUUAUAUUGUUUUAUAGUAAUUGUAAGUCUCACUCUUACACACAUAUAUAAUUAUUUUCUCAUUAAAAAGAAAAUGUGUAAAUCA